CCGAUCGAAUGAAGGCUUGCACCCUGGCUAUCUAUACGUGUAGUCAUUGCUGAGAGCAAAUCAAAGCGAGAGCAAGCAUGGAGGUGCAGGGCGGCGGUAUUGCUGCCCGUGUGCGUGCGCCCAAGCAGCAGCAGCCCUCGUCGGCACACGCGGCGGCCGAGCUGCAGCUCAAGGCCCUGACGAGGGGGUGGUGGCCGUCAAGGGGGUGCGCGACGAGGAGGGUUCUGCCGACCGUCUGCGUGGCGGCGGCCAUAGCCGCGGCCUUCGUCGUGCUCUCCGCCGCCGGCGGAUGGCCCAACGGGGUGCCGACCUCCCUGUUCUACAACCACGCGCAAGGCUUGGAAGGCAUAUCUCCAUCGAACCAUGCCGCCGACCAUCUCCUCGACGGCCUUCUCACAGCUGAGUUCAGCAACCGGUCGUGCCGGAGCCGGUACGAGUUCGCCGGCUACCACAAGAAAUCGUUGCACAAGCCAUCCCCCUACCUCAUCGCCAAGCUCCGGAAGCAAGAAGCGCUCCAAAAGCGAUGCGGCCCUGGCACGGCAGCGCACAAGAAGGCGCUCCGGCGGCUCGAGUCCGGCGAGGGCGAUGCUGCCGAUGUCGAGGAGGAUAACUGCCGCUACCUCGUUAAUAUCAGCUUCAAUGGCCUUGGCAACCGGAUACUCGCCAUCGCGUCGGCCUUCCUCUACGCCGUUCUAACCGAGCGCGCCCUCCUCGUCGACGGGGGCAAGGACGUCGCCGAUCUCUUCUGCGAGCCCUUCCCGGGCGCGACGUGGCUUCUGCCGCCCGCUGGCCAGCGCUCCCCGCUCAGGCACCUCGAUGACUACGGCAUGAAAUCUAGGGAGAGCCUGGGGAACAUGCUGCAGAGCGGCGCCGUCGUCGAGUCCGAUGACGGGAACGUGUCGUGGUCGGCCCCGCGGCCACCGCCGUACGUGUACCUCCACCUCGCAGGCGGGUACGGCUUCCACGACAAGCUCUUCUACUGCGGUGCGCAACAGAAUCUCCUCCGCGGCGUUCCGUGGUUGCUCAUGCGGACGGACAGCUACCUCGUGCCGGGGCUCUUCCUCACACCACCGUUCCUCGGCGAGCUCGAGGCCAUGUUCCCGGAGAAGGACGCCGCGUUCUACCACCUCGGCCGGUACCUCUUCCACCCAACCAACCCCAUCUGGCAUGCCAUCACGAGCUACUACCACUCCAACCUCGCCGGCGCCGGCCGCCGCCUCGGCAUACAGAUCAGAGUGUUCCAGAAGAAGCAGCCGCCGCAGCAAAUCCUGGAACAGCUACUUUCCUGCGUCCGCGACGAGAAGCUCCUCCCGGAUAUUGCAGCAGCCAACGACACGUCGUCCCACGCCGUCCUGGUCACGUCGCUGAGCUCGUGGUACUCCGACAGGAUCAGGGGCGAGUACGGCGACAGGGUCACCGGCGGGGUGCACCAACCGAGCCACGAGGGGCGACAGCGGUCGGGCGACGCAUCGCACGACAUGAAGGCGCUCAGCGAGAUGUACCUGCUCAGCAUGUGCGACGUGCUCGUCACCAGCGGCUUCUCCACCUUCGGAUACGUCGCGCAGGGGCUCGGCGGGCUGCACCCUUGGGUCAUGGCGAGGGUUCCCUCGUGGGAGAAGUGGACGGAGGGUCAGGCCGCGCCAGAUCCACCAUGCCAGCGCGCACUCUCCGUCGAGCCGUGCUUCCACUCGCCGUCGUACUACGACUGCGCGGCGAGAAGGGACGUGGACCUGGACAAGGUGGUGCCGUACAUCCGGCGCUGCGUGGACGUCAGUUGGGGCAUAAAGCUUGUCAAUGAAAGCAACAGCCAGUGGUAAAAUUUGUCUGAUAGGCAUGGUAGUAAUUAACAGUAAACUCACAAAGUCACAAGUAAGAAACUAACGUAGAAGAAACAUCCAAACAAGAUUCUGUAAAUAGCUAUGGAAUACUGUACAUGCAUACACCAUAGAGAAACUUAGAAGAACGGACUGAUAAUAAUGGUGUUUUUAACUUAUUCUGGAACAAGUUCUGUUAUGAACUUUUAUCUGGGGUGAUAUUUUUUUUUAAAA